AAACAAAGUGGCGCUAGACAUACGGAGAAGUCUGUUGCUACAAGCUGUACACUAGCAGUCUGUCAGUCUUCUUUCACGUCUCUCUCUCUGGCGCUGACACUGACUGUACAAAACCCAUUUUCAUAUCUUUUUCUCUUUUAGUACCCGUGCAAUCCCGUGCCUUGCCUCUCCUUUCCCUUCCGACUUUCAUAUCUCUCAGCUUGAUUAGCAUCCUUUUUAUAACAUCUCUCGCCGUCAUUCCCUGCGACGGUGACAACGACACAUAUCACCCUGUCCUCACCACCCCGCAUACCCAUACCCACAUAUCACAAUGCCCGCAAUUUGGCAACGCCAUCCCCGCUACUUCCUCAUCAUCGUCAUCAUCGUCUCUGCUACCUUCUUCCUCCUCAGCCCUUACCAAUCCUCCCUCCAAACCGACCCCGCACUAUAUGCAGCUACCAUUCGCGACGACAGCCUUCCCGCUCGUGUCGAGCGUGCUGAACGGGUUUAUACAAGGAUGACGGACGAUCGUCGGGAGUUGAUCAAGAAGCAUGGUCCUACGCCUGCUGAUAUCCUCAUGUUUCCCCCAGACAAAGAUCCAUGGCCCGCAUACACCGUUUGGAGUUUUUUCCCCGCCUCUUUCCAAUGCCCCCACGAGGUCGAACGCAUCGGCUCUCUCGGUGACGGCGGAAAAUGGACCUGUGGUCUCUCGCGGCUUGCCCAAAAGCCAGACUGCAUCAUUUAUACUUUUGGCAUGAACUAUGAGACCUCUUUUGAAGCCGAGGUCCUCGCGCGCACGCGGCACUGCCAAGUCUGGGGGUACGACUACCGUUCCAACUCGUUCGGCGCACACAUCAAAAAUAAUUAUCGCGCCCAUUUCUACAGCUUCGGAUUGGCGAGCUUCGAUGCACAUGGUCCGGGAGAUACGAACAAGUUGUAUACGCUGAAGAGUCUUAUGGAAGCUAAUAAGCACACGCAGAUUGAUGUCCUCAAAAUCGAUGUCGAAGGCUGGGAAUUCGAGGUAUUGACGCAGAUCCUCGCGCCCUACAUCGCAUCCGGCGAGCCUCUCCCCUUUGGUCAGCUUCAUCUUGAGAUACACACUUGGGAGAAGAAGUUUGCUGAUGUGCUCACAUGGUGGGAGAUGUUGGAGCGCGCAGGACUGAGGCCGUUCUCCACGGAGCCCAACUUGGUAUACCAGAACUAUAAUAAGGAUAGAGACACAGACCUGGCAGAGUAUUCCUUCCUCAACGUCAAAGGCUCUAAUAUCUUCAUAUCCGACCCGCCAAUAUUGUCUCUAGACUCGGAUGUACUAUAACAUUAGUGUUAGUGUCAUGUCGCGCGUAACCAGUACAUAUGGUGAUAUGGUGACUAUUUGAGGGCGUGGCAUGGCCUAACUUGGGGUAGCCUGAGGGCUGGUUGUAAACAGCAAUGAGAAUGUGGAGAUGUGAGGUGGAAUGGGCAUCACGUAUCUUAAGUUUGGGAGCCAGAGGCUGCAUAUAGUACACAAGAUGCUGGGACCCAUACCAUCACACAGCAAAAAAUCUUCAUUUCUUCCGUCUUGUCCCCGUUCCUCCCUAUCUAUACACGUGUCUAGCUAGAUUUUCUUCGUUACAUGGGUAUACUAAAACAGUAUUAUUGGGGAUGAUAGCAAUGGUGACAUACUGGUAUUGAAGGAAGGUGUGAUUAUUUGUAAUGAAUGAAUGAGUAGACUGAGGGGGGUCAUCGAUGCGCCCCUAUCGACUACAUGUAUGUGCGUAUACUUCGCGAAGAGUGCAUACUUGAUGCUGAAUACACGGAUUCCAACGUAUCGACCUCCAGCAGCUAAUGAGAUAAACAGGUUCCAACAACAGCAAAAAAUAUAUGUAUACGUGCUUACUUGCGUACUUGACAGAAAUAAAUAACCUACUGCAGACCUCC